AUGGGAUCGAAACAUUCCUCAUCAAAAUGUACGCCAACAACGAUUGAUUAUAUUCGCACGAAAGACGUUAAUAAGCUCACACGCCAACUCAGUAAACGUACAUCGUCAUUUCGAAACAAAAAGAAGCAACGCGACGAUGCAACGAAUAAUCGGCAAUCAUUGCAGCUCGAUGUUGUCAACGACGAACAACAUCGCUCAGCACUUCAUCUCGCUGCGAUCGAAGGUGAUGCUGCCAUUAUCGUCGCUCUCUAUGAAUAUAUGCAUACAGUUUAUGUCACUGAUGUACUAGGUCGAACGCCGCUGCAUUAUGCAGCUAUUUCCGGAAAUGAAGAAACAUUAACAACAUUGUUACUGUGCAAUCCUGAUGUCAAUCGAAUGAGUCAUGAUGGAACAAGUCCAUUACACGAAGCGAUUAUUCAUGAAUAUUCUCGUAUUUUUACUCUUUUGGUUCAAUACCAUGCCGAUGUAAAUCAAUUGUUUCAAAAUUAUCUUCCAGGCUUUAUCCUUGCUGUGUAUCUUCAACGACGAAGUAUUAUUGAAUUAUAUCUUCGUCUUGGCACCGAUCCGAAUGUUGCCGAAACAAACUUGAACCGAACGGCUCUUCAUUAUGCUGCUUAUUUUCAUAAUAACACAACAAUUUUCCAUUUGCUUCUGUCGUCAAGUGUUUAUCAUACAAUUGAUAUUAAUGCUCGAGAUGAUAAUGGAUUCUCUGUGCUUGAUUACGCACGGGCAAACAUUCAUGGUUGUACAGAAUUCGUUGAUUUAUUGUUACAAAUUAGUGUUUUCGAUCCUAAUCGUGGCGAAAUAUCCAUUGAUGAUAUCGAGAUCGAAAAGCCGAAUAUAAAGCAAUAUCAAUCGUCGCAUGAACUUUCGUCAUUGAAGAAAAAAGGAAAACAAGAAAAGAAGUCGAAGAAAUAA